AAUAAACAAGUAUGAAAGCCGUAGAGGCUCGUGUUUUCGUUUUUAGAUGAUGUAACACUUUUAGCUAACUUUGCGUCACGUUUUCUCACGACGUAACAUUACUUCAUACAUCAUGGUGACAUAUGGACUCCACGUGGUGUGUGGGGCGUAAUAGCAAAGUUUGCACCUAAAGCCAGUCCGCAGGCUGACAGCAGAAGAGGCACCACUGUUCUGUCCUGAACCGGGCUCCGGCUAUAUUCCGCGUAACUCUUACACAAACACACACAGGUACCAUGGCGGAGCGGGUGCUGGUGGUCGGAAGCGGUGGACGGGAACAUGCACUGGCUUGGAAGCUGGCCCAGUCACCUCAGGUUCAGCAAGUCCUCGUGGCCCCCGGUAACGCAGGCACAGCCAACUGUGGCAAGAUCAGUAACUCUGAGGUAUCAGUGAGUAACCACACCAUCCUGGCUCAGUUCUGUAAAGAUCACCAUGUAGGGCUGGUGGUGGUCGGGCCUGAGGUUCCACUGGCAGCAGGUGUUGUGGAUGACCUGACAGCUGCUGGAGUGCCAUGUUUUGGCCCUUCUGCCAAAGCAGCUCAGUUGGAGGCCAGCAAGAGCUUUUCCAAGGCCUUCAUGGAGCGUCACGGCAUCCUCACAGCCAGAUACGGCUCCUUCACUGACCCCCAGAAGGCUUGCAACUACAUCCGCACGGCUGACUUUCCUGCACUGGUGGUGAAGGCCAGCGGUCUGGCAGCAGGGAAGGGAGUCAUUGUGGCAAGAGACCAGGACGAGGCCUGUCAGGCUGUGAUGGACAUUAUGAAGGACAGAGCGUUUGGAGCUGCAGGGGAGACUGUGGUGGUUGAGGAGCUUCUGGAAGGGGAGGAAGUGUCUUGUCUGUGCUUCACUGAUGGCUCCUCGGUGUCUCCGAUGCCCCCAGCACAGGAUCACAAGCGGCUGCAGGAUGGUGAUCUGGGGCCAAACACUGGUGGCAUGGGGGCUUACUGCCCCACCCCUCAGGUGAGUCAGGAGCUGCUGCAGCAGAUCACAGAGACAGUCCUUCAGAAGACAGUGGACGGGAUGAGGGAGGAGGGGACUCCUUACCGUGGUGUGCUGUAUGCCGGGCUGAUGCUGACCAAACAAGGGCCAAAGGUGCUCGAGUUCAACUGUCGCUUUGGAGACCCUGAGUGCCAGGUGCUACUGCCCCUGUUAAAGAGUGACCUGUAUGAAGUGAUCUUGAACACUAUGAAUGGCAAACUGGCCUGCAACGCCCCCGUGUGGCACCAGGACAGCUCUGCAGUCACGGUGGUAAUGGCCAGCUCUGGUUACCCUGGCUCCUACAAGAAAGGAGUAGAUAUCACAGGUUUGACCCAGGUUCAGGACAUGGGGCUGCAGGUUUUUCAUGCUGGCACGGCUCUGAAGGAAGGAGGUGUGAUCUCCAGUGGUGGGCGGGUCCUGACGGUCACUGCAGUCAGGUCAUCCCUGGAGAUGGCCCUGCGGGCAGCCAAUCAGGGGGUGGCGACUAUCGGUUUCCUGGGUGCUGUGUACCGCCGUGACAUUGGCCACCGGGCCAUCACUUACCUGAACCGACACAGAGGUCUAACCUAUAAGGACAGUGGAGUGGACAUCGCUGCUGGUAACAAGCUGGUGGCUAUGAUCAAGCCUCUGGCCAAGGCAACUUCUCGUGCUGGGUGUAAUGCUGAACUUGGGGGCUUUGCAGGGUUGUUUGACCUGAAGGCAGCGGGAUUUGUCGACCCAAUACUUGUGUCUGGGACAGACGGGGUGGGGACCAAGCUUAAGGUUGCACAGGCCUGUGGGCAGCACAGCAGCCUGGGUCAGGACCUGGUGGCCAUGUGUGUGAAUGAUGUGCUCGCUCAGGGCGCCGAGCCACUCUUCUUCCUUGACUACUUCUCCUGUGGCAGCUUGGAUGUGGAUGUGGCUGCCUCUGUGGUUAGCGGCAUUGCUAAGGCCUGCAAGGUUGCCGGCUGUGCUUUACUAGGUGGUGAGACAGCAGAAAUGCCAGGUGUGUAUGCUCCAGGUGAGUAUGACCUGGCAGGAUUUUGUGUUGGGGCGGUGGAGCGCGGAGCCCUGCUGCCUAGGCUGGGGGACAUCACUGAGGGGGACCUGUUGAUUGGAAUAGCGUCCUCUGGUGUCCAUAGCAAUGGCUUCAGCCUGGUCCGCAAAGUUCUGGAGAGGGCUAACCUCAGCUACAGCUCCCCUGCUCCUUUUGGCAAGCCAGGACAGACUGUUGGGGAGGUUUUGCUGACACCAACAAAAAUCUACAGUCGUCUGCUGCUGCCCAUCCUGGACAGUGGUGCUGUCAAAGCUUAUGCUCACAUCACAGGUGGUGGACUUGUGGAGAACAUCCCUCGGGUGCUUCCCCUGGAGCUGGCAGUUGAUUUAGAUGCCUCUUGCUGGAGCAUCCCCCCAGUAUUUUCCUGGCUCUUCAAGGAAGGGGGCCUGAGUGAGGAGGAGAUGGGCUGCACCUUCAACUGUGGCCUGGGAGUGGUGCUGGUAGUUGCACCCUGUGAUGCAGAGAGGGUCCUAUGCCAGCUUCAAGCACAUGAAGAUGCCUGGAUUGUGGGUUCACUGGCCCACAAGCAGCCUGGGGCAGAAGCUGUGGUUGUUCGUAACCUGAGACGCAGCCUACUGAAUGCAGGGCUGGCCUCCAGUAGAGAGUUGAAGCAAGAUGGCAGUUCCCAUAGUGAUGGUAAAAAGAUGCACAAAAGGACAAGAGUGGCUGUUCUCAUCUCAGGCACAGGCACCAACCUACAGGCCCUGAUAGAGUGGACCAAACGCCCGUUGAGCUCUGCUGAGAUUGUAGUGGUCAUCUCCAACAGACCAGCAGUUCAGGGCCUGAAGAGGGCAUCACUUGCUGGCAUUCAAACACGAGUAGUAGACCACAAGCUGUACGGGAGCCGAGCAGAGUUUGAUGCCACCAUUAAUCAUGUGCUGGAGGACUUUGGAGUGGAGCUGGUGUGUCUGGCUGGAUUCAUGAGGAUCCUCACAGGAGCCUUUGUGAAGAAAUGGAACGGGAAACUGUUGAACAUCCAUCCAUCUUUGCUGCCAGCAUUCAAGGGAGUCGAUGCCCAGAGACAGGCACUGCAGGCUGGGGUGAGGAUUUCUGGCUGUACAGUCCACUUUGUGGCAGAGGAGGUGGAUGCAGGUGCUAUCAUCAUGCAAGAAGCAGUGCCCGUGCUGUUUGACGACUCCAAUGAGACACUAUCAGACAGAAUCAGAGAAGCCGAACACCGUGCUUUCCCUGCUGCUCUGGAGUUAGUGGCCAGUGGCCAGGUCAGGCUCUCAGAGGAUGGACACAUCUUGUGGAAGUCACACUCACAGAAUUAGUGGAACUUGUUCAGAAAAGACAUACUUGAGAAUAAAAUUACAUUCCAGUUGUAA